CUUCUUCCUACGCAUUUGAAUACUAUUAAAUGAGAGUAAGAGCUCCAUAGUUCGAAAUAAAGAGACACUGAUUAGGGUUUCUGGUUUUCUCACUCUAUUACUUCUUCUCGAGCCUUCUUCUCUGUCCGUAUAUACCUCCACAGCACGAGCACCCAGUUCAACUGAGAAAUAGGGAAAAGACAACUAUGGCUGUGAGACCCCGCUGCUUUCUGGACAUUAGCAUCGGCGAUGAGCUCGAGGGAAGGAUCGUCGUGGAACUGUACAACGACGUAGUCCCACGAACCGCAGAGAAUUUCAGGGCCCUUUGUACUGGAGAGAAAGGCGAUGGCCCCAACACCGGCGUCCCUCUCCAUUACAAGGGCUCCCGUUUUCACCGUGUUAUUAAAAGCUUCAUGAUACAAGGUGGUGAUAUUUCGGCGGGUGAUGGUACUGGAGGAGAGUCUAUAUAUGGAUUGAAAUUCGAGGAUGAGAAUUUUGAACUGAAACAUGAGAGGAAGGGCAUGCUGUCCAUGGCAAAUGCAGGGCCCGACACCAACGGCUCCCAAUUUUUCAUAACCACGACACGAACUUCUCAUCUUGAUGGGAAGCACGUAGUGUUCGGGAGAGUCGUCAAAGGCAUGGGAGUCGUUCGCUCUAUCGAGCAUGUGGCCACUGGCGAAAACGACCUGCCGACAGUGGAUGUUGUGAUUACUGAUUGUGGUGAGAUUCCGGACGGUGCGGAUGAUGGGAUUGCGAAUUUUUUCAAGGAUGGUGAUUUGUAUCCUGACUGGCCGGCUGACCUUAAUGAGAAUUCUGAUGAGCUCUCUUGGUGGAUUACAGCUGUGGAGUCUGUAAAGGGAUAUGGUAACGAACAUUUUAAGAAGCAAGACCUUAAAAUGGCGCUCCGGAAGUACCGGAAGGCCCUGCGUUAUUUGGAUACUUGCUGGGAGAAAGAUGGCAUUGAUGAAGGAGACCUGAAAGGAGCCCUGCUGGAUGCCGACUUUGCAAUGCGGGAUGGCGAAAAUAAUGCAAAAGCAUUAUUCCGUCAGGGCCAGGCACACGUGGCUCUGAAUGAUAUAGAUGCAGCUGUUGAGAGUUUUAGGAAGGCUUUGGAAUUGGAACCAAAUGAUGGUGCAAUAAAAAAGGAACUUGCAGCGGCGAAGAAAAAGAUUGCUGAUAGACGAGACCAGGAGAGAAAAGCAUAUGCCAGGAUGUUUCAAUAGUAACUGUGUCAAUUUGGUUCAGGCAUUUUUCUUCUGUUUUGAUGCACUCAAAUUACUUGAAGGGGUUCAGUUGUGAACUAGAUACAAGAGACUUCUUGGUUGCUGGAGAAACUGGCCACUGAUGAGAGUGUAUUGGUUCACAAGGAUAAAGAACUUUGGCUGAUACUAGAGAACCCCUUUUGGUUGAAUAGAAGUCGUAGACACGGUUACUCCUGGACCAUUUAGGCAGUGUCGUUUAUUAGAGCUCAAGUGUGGUACAAGUUUUCUCUGUUCUAACAAUAUAAAACCUUUUGCUUGUAGCUCAAUUGAAAGUUUGGAUACAUUUUGAACUAAUUUUUGUGUCUUGUUUCAACUAAGAAUUCAUUUAAUAAGGCCAAGGAAAUUUUUGUAUCAUGCAACAUCUGCCUAAAAUGAAAAGAAAGGGCCACUAAUAGUAUCAACUCAGUCAUAAAUAGCAUCAUUUUUUUUUAAAAAAAGGCCUAGGUGGGGAAUUAAGGUUGGAUCCCCAACUUCUAUAUAGUCAAGACUCUAAAUGAGCCAAAAAAUCAUAGGUCUAC